GAGAGAGGGAGAGAGAGAACCUUCUGGCAUGGCAGUGGACAAAGAUACCCAACUCUCAAACAUUGAGGACGAGGACGAACUCGACGAAGAACCUGGCGAGGUGAUCGAAUCUGCACCCCCUCUCAAGGUAGGAGAGGAGAGGGAAAUUAACAGCUCUGGGUUGAAGAAGAAGCUCAUCGUGCUCGGCCAUGGAUGGGAAACUCCCGAUUUCGGCGACGAAGUUACUGUUCACUACCUAGGUACUUUACUUGAUGGAACCAAGUUCGAUUCCAGCAGAGAGACAGAGGGCCCUUUCACUUUCAAGCUUGGUCAUGGUCAAAUUGCGUAUGGUUUGGAUCAUGGCAUAAUUACUAUGACAAAAGGAGAACUGGCAUUGUUCACAUUACCUUCUGAUUUGGGUUGUGGAGCCACGGGUGUACCCCCAAAUUCUGUUGUUCAGUUCGAGGUAGAACUCAUCUCUUGGAUCACAGUGGUGGACAUAUGCAAGGAUGGCGGAAUUAUCAAGAAAAUUUUGAAGAAAGGGGAGAGAGAUGAGCAACCUGGCGACUUGGAUGAGGUUAUGGUGAAGUAUGAGGUGGGGCUUGCUGAUGGAACAAUUGUUGCUAAAACGCCUGAUGAAGGAAUGGAGUUUUAUGUGAAUGAUGGUCAUUUCUGUCCAGCAUUGUUGAAGGCACUCAAGACCAUGACAAGAGGAGAGAAGGCCAAUUUAAUGGUUCAACCACUCUAUGCCUUUGGGGAGCAGGGGAAAGAUGCUGAAGAUGGAUUUCCUGCCAUACCCUCGAAUGCUGUGUUAAGCAUUGAUCUUGAGUUGUUAUCUUUCAAGCCUGUUGCUGAUGUUACUGGUGAUGCCAAGGUUUUGAAAAAGAUUUUGAAGGAGGGAGAAGGCACUAUCACAGCAAAUGAAGGGGCAGCUGUGACUGUUAGGUAUACAGCUAGGAUGGGAGAUGGUACCACAUUUGAGAGAAAAGGCUUUGACGGAGUGGGGACAUUGGAAUUUUUAAUAGAUGAAGAACAAGUGAUUCCUGGAUUAGACAGGGCAGCAGCAACAAUGAAGAAGGGUGAACUGUGCAUUGUGACAAUAAAUCCUGAAUAUGGAUUUGGAAGUGUUGAAGUUAAACGGGACCUUGCGGUUGUUCCUCCAUCUUCAACUGUGUUUUAUGAAGUAGAAAUGCUAGACUUUAUUAAGGAGAAAGCACCUUGGGAGAUGAAUAACACUGAGAAAAUUGAAGCAGCUGGGAAGAAGAAAGAGGAGGGUAACAUAUUGUUUAAGAGUGGGAAGUAUCAAAGAGCAGCAAAAAGAUAUGAGAAGGCUGCAGAUUAUAUUAGUGAGGAUUUUACCUUUGGGGAUGAUGAACAGAAGCUCGUCAAAGCUUUAAGAGUAUCUUGCUGGUUGAAUCAUGCUGCAUGCUGCCUUAAACUAAAUGAUUUCCAGGGAGCGAUAAAGUUAUGUUCAAAGGUACUAGAUGUUGAGUUCCACAAUGUAAAGGCUUUGUACAGACGGGCACAAGCUUAUAUGGAAACAGAAGAUCUGUACUUGGCAGAAUUGGACAUCAAGAAAGCCCUAGAGAUUGAUCCUGAGAACAGGGACGUUAAAAAAGUGCAGAAGACAUUGAAGCCACUUCAGGCUGAGAGCAACAAGAGAGACGCAAAACUUUACACCAACAUUUUUGCACAUAUGUGGAAGGACGAUACUGUGGUAGCGAAGAGACUGAAGGUUGAGAGAGUAGAGGAUGAGGAAAGGAAUGAAGAGGUCAUGGCAAAGGACAUGGAAGAUGGUGCAGUUGGCUUUAGUUCAGCUCCUGCUAAUGAAAUAGCAAUGGAUUCAUGUACUUCUCCUUAGGCAUAAGAUGCUAAUGGGUAGGAUUUCCAUAUUGGAAGGUGAGGAUUGGAUUGCAAUGAAGACUAUGAGGAUUGAAGCAAGUUCAACUCCACCUAUAAAUGGAUGG